AUGCGUUUCAUCAUGAUUGACAGACAACAGGCAUCCGGGGCUGGCGACACAGUGUUCGGGGGGAGUGGACCAGGAAACACAGGCAUGUCAUGGCCGUUUUUGGGGGUGGCCGAUGACGUCGUGAGAGUGCAACAAAUUGUGGAGGAACUAACUCGUGAGGAUGAUGAGCGUACUGCUUUGCAAAUAAAACGAAUUCUCCAUUACAAGUAUGACCUGGACAUAUCGGCCACCAGCGUCAGAAGGAUGCGAUGGAAAAUGGGAUGGACCUUUGGCGCAACAAGGAUAUCUCCCAUGAUAAGAGAUGUGAAUAAAGAAAAGAGAGUGGAACAGGCACGGCGAUGGAUUGAGAGUGGUGAAACAUUUCAUGAUGUCAUUUUCACAGAUGAAUCGUCUGUUGCCCUUGAGCGGUUCUCCAGAAUGUCAUUCCGGAAACGUAACCAUAUCUCAUUAAGACCAUGCCCAAAGCAUCCAUUGAAAGUCCAUGUAUGGGGAGGCAUAACACGAUUAGGAGCUGGUCCCCUAUUAUUUUUUGAAGGGAUCAUGGAUAAGAAAUGUUUCCAAGAAACAAUAGUAGAGGGAUGUAUGGUGCCAUUUGUGAAUAAAUAUUACCCAACUCACCAUAGGAUAUUCCAAGACAAUGAUCCUAAACACUCCGCCUCAGCCAAAUUUAUGGAAGAGAAAGGUAUGAAUUGGGAACGCACACCACCAGAGUGAGUAUUCUUUCAACAGUGUACAAGUAAAAUUUUGGAUAGCACUCU